UAUCAAAGAUGGAGGCAGGAGCUUCAGUCAUGUGACACGCGUGUUUCUCCCUGAUCAUGUGGCCUGGAGUUAGUCACGUGGAGGCGGGGCCGCCUUGUGGCUUAGUCCUGAUGUUGAGUUGGCAAUUUGGUUUCAUCAUAUAGCUCGUUCUGUGCUGGGAGCUGGGACUUUGAGCUGCUUGCCCUGGCAGUGUCCUGUAUAUACAGUAUAUUGUAGAAAUCGGCCUAAGAUAAAUGAAAAAAUGACAUGCCGCAAAGUGAAUAUAGUAAUAAUUGUGCUGGCGGCAGUUGUAUUUCUCCUCAUCUUGCACCAUAACCUACUGGGCCUCAGCGAUAUCCUGAAAAGACAGAGUUCAGAUUCCAGUCCUGUGGGCUUCCAGCACAUUGAUUUCCUGCCGGGGGCUCCUGAGAGUGUGUCUGAUGAGAAGCAUAAUGGAGAAGUGCCUGUGGUUAUUACUGCUGUGGAGAGCAGACUUGGAGGGGUCAUCACUGCCAUAAAUAGUAUUUCCAGCAACACAAAGUCCAAUGUCGUCUUCUACAUUGUCACCAUGAAUGAUACCAAGGAGCAUUUGAGGACCUGGAUUGGUGACUCUAGGCUUAAAAGUGUCAAGUAUAAAAUUCUGGACUUUAAUCCUCAAGUCCUUGAUGGGAAAGUUCGAGCUGAAGUGGUUGGAAAACCUUUAACGUUUGCAAGAUUCUACCUCCCUGAUUUGGUACCUGGAGUAGAGAAAAUCAUCUAUCUGGAUGAUGAUGUCAUUGUGCAAGGUGACAUCCUAGAACUCUACAAAACCCCAAUAAAAGUGGGAUAUGCCGCAGCAUUCUCUGAGGAUUGCGAUUCAGUCACCUCGAAAUACCUGGUGAGAGGUGCUGGAAACCAGUAUAAUUACAUUGGAUAUUUUGACUACAAGAAGGAGACCAUCCGGAAGCUGGGCAUGAAAGCAAACACCUGCUCGUUUAAUCCUGGAGUCUUUGUAGCGAAUCUUACUGAGUGGAAGAGGCAGAACAUUACCCGGCAGCUUGAGAAAUGGAUGGAACUGGAUAUGACGGAAGAACUAUAUAGUAAAACCCUAGCUGGCAGCAUCACAGCGCCACCACUUCUCAUUGUCUUCUACAAGUUGCACUCUAGUAUUGACCCUAUGUGGCACGUCAGGCAUUUAGGUUCUAGUACUGGGAAGCGUUAUUCUCUUCAGUUCGUGAACUCUGCUAGACUUCUCCAUUGGAAUGGACAUUUUAAACCAUGGGGACGAACGGCCUCCUACUCUGAGGUUUGGGAGAAGUGGUACGUUCCUGACCCUACUGGGAAAUUUUCAAUCAUCAGGAGACACUCAGAGAAUGAUGGAGCUGAGUGAGGGAUGAUCACCAAUCUGGGAACAUCAUGAACUCAUAGGACUGUGUUUGGAGCAUUGAAGAGCAGUAUUUUCUCAGGAAUUCACAGCUAAAAGCUUUUUUUUAUGUGUUUGAUUUGUCUCAUUAGAAAAACUCACUACCGUGUACUACUGUUACUUCCAAUCAUUUCUGAAUGCCUACAUAUUUUAAAAAUAACAAUGUCAAACUGGGCAGAGCACAAUGUAGUACUAUCGUUAGGGUCAAGCUCAUACAUAUAGGAUAACUUAAGGCACAACCUUAUUAUAAAUAGCCUUGGAAAAUUGUGAAAUCCUCUCUCUGGGACCCCGACAUCUAUAUGGUAUUCUCCCCAGCUGCACCCAGUUUACUGCACAGCAUGGAGAAUUGUGAUUCUGUAUGGGUAUGAAGUUGGGAUGCUCUCAGCUCCAUAUUCUACAAGCCAUACAAACUGGAGAAUACUGCUAGCUAAAUGAGUACCUUGCUGAUGGUAUAUACGUCGGGGACAGAGACCUGCUAGAUGAAGGUGGUGGGAUUUUUGUAUAUAUAAGGUUGCUUAGUGUGUUUUAACCUUUUGUUUGUGUGUGUGUGUUACUACUUAUUUAUACCCAAAUGUAUAAUGCUGUCAUUUAGAUUCCUAUGGAUCAGCAGCAAAGACAUCUUCACAAGGUCUUCAUUUGUCACUAAAGUGAUACAUUUCUGUAUUUUUUGCUCAUAGGACACCAUGGGGGAUAUUCAAUUGUUUGAAAAGUCAGUUGGGUGUCUGUGUUUUCCUAUCUAAUAGACAGGGAAAAAACAGACACCCAACCGACUUUUCAAACAAUUGAAUAUCCCCCUUCGAAUUCUGUUGUCUUAUUCAGAACUACCUGGUAAUCCCACGCUGACCGCAUGCACAGCACGUAAAGUCCAAAGCGUGUGAACUCUGCAUGUAUCAUUUCCAUUGUGUGGAGUUGUGAAUGUGGCAGGUGAGGACACCUGUAAUUUCAUUGUGUGGAUUGUGCAUGAUAUUACAUCCUAUAUAAACCGGGAGACUUAAACAUGCUCUAGAAAAUGCUUAUGAACAGCUACUUGGCUUAUGUAUAUGCUUAGUAAAAUGGAAAACAAGUAUUAGUGAUGCUGUUAUAAGCUAUUUAUGGACAGUUCUAUAAAAGUCGGUUACUAUAACACUACUAGAAUGAGUAAUGCAAUUCUGAAACCAUGUUUUUUACCUACUUUACUUACUCAUGUAAAACUAUGUUGUUCACUGUACUGUUCUUUAAACCACUGUUUAUUUCAAUUUGUUUCAGUUUGUUGUACACAGAAUAUUACAGUAUGUCAAGGAGUUAUUUAA